AUGCCGGCGUCUACUUUCGCAGCGCUCGCCGAUGACCAGAACAUGGAGACCGAUGAGGUCCUUGAUAGCUUCGUUUGUGGCAGCCCCUUAUCUUCACCGAGUUGUGACUCUACACGAAUACAUACCUCGACCUCACCCGUUGCUAUAUACGGAGAGAAGGUGGAAAGAAACGUUGUUACCACAGACAUAGCGGACAGUGGGCCCGACUCUCUCACGACCGUGUUCACCAGACUCGUCGUGGCAGAGCCAAUGUGUGGGCUGGAGCGCGUACCGACAGAUCCCAAGUAUUCCAGUCAUGGCCCAGCAAAUGACACAACGGCUCAAAGGAUCACACGUGGAGGUCAAGAUGACGAGCCAGAAGCAAGCGUGGCCAGCGGUACGGGUAGUCUUUCGCCUGUAGAGCAACUGCUGGUACCAGGCAGUAAACAACAAAAACCCUUUUACAAAUGGGUCAAGGCACUGAACCGGCGUGGCACCGCACAACGACACCUUCGCCGGAUAGAUACGAGUGACCAGGCACGUUCCGACAAUUCAAACAGGGCAACUGGCAGCUCUGUAUCCCGCCGGAACUCGUCCUCUAUUUCGUCCCUCGCCUACGUCUCGGCCAUCCGUGAUGCAAGCAUCAGUGGUGCUAGUACGAGCCUUGCGCCCUCAUCACGGAAACAGCGAGCGAGAUCUUCCAAAAGACUGUCUAAGACGGACCGAAGCAGCCGUGCAUCCUAUUCUGCAAGGCUCUCCGAGGACGAUCGACCACAGACACAGGCCGAGUUGGCAACGCUUGAGCGAUCCAGACACCGUCGCCGUAUCCUUGAAGAGCUGAUCGAGACCGAGGAAGGCUACAUCGGGGACAUUAAAUUCCUGAUGAAGGCGUACCUGUCAAUUUUUGCACCUUGUGCUUCGAUAGACCCCGGAUUCCGUGCAUCCAUGCACAAUACUCUAACGAGCAUUGUCGAACUCCAUGACCAAAUCCUGGGGGACCUCUACAAGGUCGUUCCCAACUCAGAAUAUGCCGGUGUACCGCCAGUGGGCUUUUUAUACAGCUCGCAAGCCAUAAGAAUGCAUAGAGGACGCAGUCUCGACGUUGUUCCUGAAGUUAGGACGGAAGACCUACCGCUCUACGGAUACUCGGGCUUGGCAGCCGAUCCCCAUACGGCCGCUGCCGUGGCCAACAUUUUCAUAAAAAUCGCAAGUCAUAAAUUCCGCUCCUAUAUAUACGAAGAGUACGGUGUAAAAUAUGGAAUGGUGAUUGAUGACCUCAAGAAGAUGCACCGCUCGAACCCGGACUGGGACAAGCAUCAAAGAGGUCUCGAAACGCUGGCAUCUUUUUUAAGUUAUGCAAGGGGCCCAGCUGGUUCGAAGAAAUCCUUGUCGAUUAACGACCUACUUGCCAAGCCGAUACAACGAGCCUGUCGUUAUCCUCUCUUGUUCAAGGAACUGUUAAAGGCCACUCCCGUCUACGACUGUCCGCAUUCUCAUUCUGAAAUUGAGAAAGCGCUUGAUGGGCUCGAAAAUACGGCGAGGGCCAUGAACGAGGCAACCGACGAUCCGCUCAUCAAGUCCAACCUCCAGAAAACAUGGCUGCUCGAAGAGCGCCUUCGAUUUCCUUCCAAGGUGAGCAAUGGCAUAUGA